UACGUUAAUUGUAACGAGAAUGGCUAGUUUUACACCUCAAAUGAUAAUGGAGGAAGAAUGUUAGAUGAUGACAGUGUGGCCGAAUAUUAAUAACGAUUUGACGGAUGCAGCGAAAAGUGCGCAUAUAGACGUUAGCAAAUGGUUGACAAAAGUAUUGGAGUACAAUGUCCCAGGAGGAAAGAAAAUUCGCGCGUUAACAUUAAUUUAUUCAUACAAAUUAUUGGCUCCAAACGAACAACAAACAAAAGAAAAACUUCGUUUGGUACGGAUUUUAGGGUGGUGCAUAGAACUGUUACAAGCAGGUGGACUCAUGUUAGAUGACAUUGAAGAUAGAUCGCUAAUGCAAAGAGGAAAACAAUGUUGGUACCAACGCAAUGAUGUUGGUUUAAUGGCCAUCAAUGAUGGCCUGACGUUAGAAAACUCUGUGUAUUAUUUAAUUCAAAAGCACUUUAAGAAGGAAGAUUGUUAUGUUUAUCUAAUAGAAAGGGUCCAUACGGUGAAUGAAAAUAUAUUAUCUAUACAUAGGGGAGUACCCCAACAUUGUUUUUUCCUUUUGACCGAGCAAUUAUAUAUUAUGAAAAUAUUUCCACAGAAUAUAUGGAAAACAAUAUUAAGCCAAUCUCUGGAUAUGCUGUCAACCAACUCAGGCAAGAAGCCAAAUCUGGCCUUAUUUAUAAUGGACCGUUAUAAGUCCAUUGUCGAGUAUAAAACAUCAUAUUAUACUUUUAUUUGACCUGUAAUUUGACCAAAACGUUAAAAAUAAGUUCUUCUGCACACUCAAACGUUUCAGGGUCUUUUAUUCCCGCCUGUGGAAUAAGUAACGUGUCACAUUAUUAUUAUCAAAGCAUUAUUGUUUCGAAGUUUAAAGAAUAAGUUAAAGAAUUUGUCGAUUCAAAACUUGUAAAAACUCGAAAUUUCAAUAUUUAAAUUCAAAAAUGUUAUACUUACUAAGUGCAUUGCU